AUUCGCAUCGAUUCAAAAUCUUGCACAAUUCUGACUAUAAACCCUAAUUCUGCCCCCCCCCAAAUUGAUCCUCAGAAUCCCUUUUCUGAAUCUUUUAAUCACUAGAUUUGAACUCAGAAUUCGGCAAAAAAAAAAAAAAAAGGAAAGUCGGAAUCUUUUUUUUCUUCUGAGGAAAUUCGAUUCCCUUGGGUCAAUUUUUAACCUCAAAUUCACUUUUCUGGAACUUAUCUAUAGAUUAUUGCUUCUAUUUUGAGCAAUUUUUGCUCAAAGAACCGUCUUUUUUUAAUCUCUAAGGAGUUGGAAGUUUUUUUUUUUUUUGAAGAAACUGUUCUGAGUGUGGUCUUCUUUUGGCAAUUUGGAGUACUUCGGGGUUGCAAUUCGUAUGCUUAUGGUGGAAUAAUUAGCUAUUGAUUGUUAAUAUGUGCUUUUGUGGGAGCUCUGGGUGGAAAGUGCUUGAAUUUUUGCAGUAUUGAGUCAUUCAGAGCAAAAUUUUGGUUGGAAGAUUGUGUUGUUUAGGUUUGGUUCUUGAGUUCGGGCAAAGUCCUUUCAAUUCAUAGAGCUAAGCGAAGAUUUGAUUUGAAGGAACCGAUAUGGACUAUGCACUUUCUGAUAGCAGUGGAACAGAUGAUGACCUCCCUCCAUCACAUCAAAAUAGAUUUCAAAGAGGAGGUCGAGCCACAGGGAAUGGAAUAUCUGCAGUUGUAGGCCCUGCUCCAUUACCUAGAAUGCAAGGUGACAUGGAAACUCAAAUUCACCUCAUUGAGCAAGAAGCAUAUGUUUCAGUUUUGCGGGCCUUCAAAGCUCAAUCAGAUGCCAUCACAUGGGAGAAGGAAAGUUUAAUCACUGAACUUAGAAAGGAGUUGAGAGUAUCAGAUGAGGAACACAGGAAGCUUCUAUCGAGAGUUAAUGCCGAUGACAUCAUUCGAAGGAUAAGGGAAUGGAGAAAGGCAGGUGGCCACCAACCUGGAAUGCUCAGUACCACUCAGCCUGCUCAUGACCCUGUACCAAGUCCAACUGCUUCUGGAUCACGCAAGAAGCAAAAAACAUCACAGUCUGUAGCUUCAUUGUCUAUGGGUGCACCAUCUCCUGCAUUGCAUACAGCUUUGCAGCCAUCAUCAACAACCCUCAGACGAGGUCCCCCAGGGGCUAAGAGCAAGAAGACAAAAUCUCAACCUUCUAGAGCUCUUCCUGGAAGACCCCAGCCUGUUAAUCGUGGCUCCUCAGGGCCCUUUGUAACAAACGAACCUUCUGAGGCAGCAGCCUAUGAUCCAUUAAUUGGAAGGAAAGUUUGGACAAGGUGGCCUGAAGACAACCAUUUUUAUGAGGCUGUUAUAACUAAUUAUGACCCAGCUGAGGGGCGUCACGCCUUGGUUUAUGAUAUUAAUACAGCAGAUGAAACUUGGGAAUGGGUCAAUCUCAAAGAGAUUUCUCCCGAAGAUAUUAAAUGGGAAGGUGAUGAUCCUGGAAUUUCCCAUAAAGCUGGUCGCCCUGGACCAGGCCGUGGCAUUAAGAAGUCCAUGUCACGUGGUGGUGGUGUUGCUGCAGGAAGAGGGAGAGGGACCAUAAAGGGUCAGGCCAAGAAAGAUUUUCCAUUGUCACAAAAUGGUGUUGGUAGAAAGGCCUCAGGUCAUAUUGAGAUACUUCACACAGAUACCCUAAUAAAUGAGGUAGAAAAAGUUUUUGGUGCUAGCCAUCCUGAUCCAAUGGAGAUUGAGAAAGCGAAGCAAGUGUUGAAAGAGCAUGAACAAGCCCUGGUUGAUGCAAUUGCAAGGCUAGAAGAGGCUUCUGAUGGUGAAAGUGAUGGAGAACAGCCAUUCUCACAGUUGCAAUCACUGGACCAAGACCGACCAUGGAGAAAACGACAGUUUGAUGAGGUGAUUGAAAGAAGAACAACUCAAAAAACAGAUGAAAAUAAAAUGGUUAGGGAUGGUCACCAAGAUGAAGCUGAUGAUAUACAAUACGGAGAGCGGCCAUUCUCACAAGGGCAAUCACUGGAUAAAGACCGAGAAUGGAGAAAACGACAGUUUGAUGAGAUGUGUGAAAGAAGGACAAUACAAAGAUCAGAUGGAAAUAAAAUGGCUAGAGAUGGUCACCAAGAUGUGGCUGAUGAUAUUCGAUUUUAAUGUAGGUUGUACUAAUAGGUGUUGCCUUGUCAUCUUCAUUAGUGGGUUGAUUAGUUUUAGCCUUAAUGUAAGUCUUAACUUGAAUCGAGGAGAAUGCUUGUAUAUAUUUUUCUUAACGAUGGAUAAACCUUACAAUGUUUUCCCUUUCAUAAUAUUUGCAUCCUUUCUUUCUCUGUUGCAUUAGCAUGUCUUGUUCCAACAAUAACACAAUUGUGUUGCUAUUGGAUCAACACAAGUAGAAACCUGUUUUUAGUUAAUGUGAAGUU